CUGGAUCCCUUUUGUUUUGACUUACAUUUGGCCCUGAUGUCAUGAAGUCAGGCAGAGGAUGUGGGAUUUGUGUAUGUCAUAGUAUUUUUGCAGAUACCCGGUGCAGCUUUGCUUAACAAUGCGUUGAGUUGUGGUCUUCGAGCUGAACUCGGCUUCCUGUCCUCCUCCGCUGCGCAGGAUGCCUCACAGUCUCGUUCUCCAUCUGCAUUUCUGAGCUCAAGGGGCGUCUGGAGGGGGCAAAGGGCAUCCUGGGAGUUCCUCUGCCACCUGGCCCUAAAUUAACCCUCUUAUGGGACAUUUUAUGGAUUUGCGAGGUACAGAGCCUCGUCUCUCAGCCCUUCCAGAGCUUUAAAAACGUCUCCUGGUAAAAGCACAGCAGAAGAUGGCUACGACGCUGCAUGAAUUCACGCAGUUUCUGGAUCCUAAAAUGUUCCCCAGAGUGCUUCAGAUCCAGUCAGGAAUAUAUUAUCAAGGCUGUGUGUAUGAGAUGUUUGGAAGAGAGUGCUCUCUUUCAACAGGAGAUUUGCUGAAAAUCAUUGAUAUCACCAUCACUAGAUUCACUGCUCAGACCUCCAGCAACACUGAGAUUGAGAUUCCUGUGGAAUAUCCAGGAUUGUUCAAGCUAGUGGCUGACAGUCAGCCGUACCAAAGCAUACAAGAGAUAGCUGACUCAGUGAAGAUCAGCUCCCACAGACUGUCCCAGCCGGUAUUCCUCAGCGGUUCGGAGAUUCAGCCGGCACAUGGCGUCAUACGGGACGGAGACAGCUUCAGAAUCACUGCCGUCACCCGUGAGCUCAGCGGUGGAUGUGUGCAGUGUGAGCUGCUGCACAGAGAGCCCAAGUUCUGCUUCAGCCUGAGCUUCUCCCAGCAAGGCCACUUCACAGAGUGCCAGGAUGACCAGUUUUACACCCUGAGAGAGAUAGCAGAGUGGAAAAUCUCCAAAGGCAGAAAGAGGACUGUAACCGAGGUCAAAACGCUGCCCAAAAAGGACUUCUUGUUCUCAAAUUUGCUGGAGAACGUAUUUGGAGAGCUGAAGCUGACUCCUGUGUAUGAACUGAAGGCUGUGACACGACUCAGUGAUAAAAUUCUGCUUAUCCCAUCAAAUUUGGACGUGGAGGUGGUGGACGUCACUGAGCAGUUUGAUUGUGACUCCUUUGUGCAGCCUCUCUCUCUUAUGGAUGUUUUCAAGAGUCCUCCAGAGCUUUUUCCUGUGCUGGCCAAGUUGUCAUGUGAAAGACCUUUCAAGCUUUCUCCAGAGCUGGAAAAGCUUUUCAAUUCCAAUCAGGUGAUCAUUCAUCAUGCUUUCUAUGCAAAACGAAUACUGGCCUCGGAAAUGGGUCAUGAAUCAACGAGACACUUUCUUAUUCCGGAGUCCUACAAUGGACGCUUCAAGCGGCGGCCGCGCCAGUUCCCCACCACCUACGAUCUGGAGCGAGCACGCAGCGAAACUGAGCAGAUACGUGUGGUGGCCACCAGGGAUUUUGAGUCUAUGUACAACGGGCUAGCUUCUGUAAGCACUGGAGAUGAGUUUAUAGUGACCAAAGGCAAAAGCUGUGCGCUUUCACACAAUGGAACCAUGAGGGCAGCUGAUGCUUUUCAGUGUCUGAAAGUUACAGGGACAAAGGCGAAGGACCUUGUGCGCCUCCCCAUGUGUUUGGAGGGGGGAUUCAUGGAACUGGUUAAAGACAAGCGUCAAUACACCAUUGGGGAAAUAUGCCGAUGGUUCCCUCUCCCCUUCAAUGUCAAAGUUUCUGUGCGAGACCUCUCGUUGAAGAUGGACGUUUUGGCUGGCGUGCCCGGUCUGCACAUUGAGGAGGAGAUCUCUGACCCUUGCCUCCUCAUUUCAAACACUGAGCUGUCAGAGAUCAGGGAGGUGCCAGUCAAUCGCACAGACUUGAUUCUCAACAUAAAGCAGCGCUGGGAUGGCCAGAGUCCAGUAUGUAGUGGGAAUUCAGUCAUUGAGGAGAUCUCAGAGGACUGUUACUACACACUCAGGAGGUACGCCUUUACUACCAUCACACCCCCUCCACGACCUCCCAAAAAACCCAAAGACCCUCCACCUCGACCUCCCAAGAUGCUGUCGUCCAGAUCUGAGAGUGCAAACAGUGAAAGCUCCAGCUGCUCUCCACAGAGUCUUUGUGUUGAACCUUUUAAGCAAGAUGACUUCAUUCAAUGCAGUGAUUCAAAAAAUGGAAAUGACAUCAAGAUUCCCAUUAGUCCAGUCACUUUUCCAAGACCUACCCUGCAGAAAGAUCUUUUCAAGGGCCGCAGUCUGGACAGCAUAUCCAUCACAAAACAUGAUGACGACGAUGAUGUGCAUGAUUAUGAAUAUAUCGAUGAAAAUCAGCUUGACAGCAUAAGGAGUUAAUUAACAAACAUUAACACAGGAGAAGGAAAACCAAUGACACAAUAUGAAGAGUAUACUAUGAAGUUCACUAUGGCUGUGUUCCAAAACCGCUUACUUUAAUUUCACAUGAUGAGACUGACAUGGCCAAAGUCUAUUUAAUAAUCACGUAACAAAUCUGAUGGAAUGCAAAUAAUUUAUUAGGUCCUUAUGAGUCCUGUAGGAGACAUGGCUUAUGACUGGAAUUAAAAUUGAAUUCAAAAUGUAUUGGCGUUGGACAAAAAUGCAAUAAUGACAACAAAGAUUUUAGAAAUGUUUUUUCUCUUGCUAAGCCUCUGCAGAUAAGCAUUUAUAGGUUUCCUGCAUAACCCCCCGUGUCUCUCCAUGCUGCAGCUAUAUUUGGUGGGAAUGACUUAUGGAUCAUCCACUCGCCAAAAAAUUUCCAAAAAGCUAUCGCUGGGGUGACGCUUUUAUACCCUAUUUAUUUAAUGGCUCAUUUUAGUACCUAAGGUGUACAUAUUAGAACCUUUUAAAAGGGUACUGCCACAGUGACAGCUGCUUUUAAGAAAUGAUGCCAGAGGAAGCGAUCUUUUUUGUUAACUUAAGUAUAUAAAAAAGGCUGUUUUUUUGUACAGUCUGGCUAUAUAUAGAAUUGAAAGUGGGUGUAUUUUUAUAUUAUUUUGGGGAGGAAGAAACUUUUUUUUUUUUGCAAUUUGUCUAGUUUACUUUGAAUAAAUGAGAUGACACAUACAAACAAAAAAUCAAAAUAACCUGGACUGAGACUGGGUGUUUUCAUUUAUAUUGGUUAAUAUUACAAAUAGUAACUUGACAAAAAAAUAAAUAAAAUUAUGUUAGCCUGGUAAUCACUCUACAGAUGUGUAACGAUUUUAAUUUGCAGUAGUUAUGCUCUACUACAAGCAAACCAAGAAGCUCUUUGUGCAACAUAAUGAAAUCAUGUGAAAUUAUUUCCCAGCAAAAUUGUACAUUGCACGAUCUACCCUGAUCACUGUUCACUUUUUCAUUAACCCAUCAAUGUACUGAGCCACAAAUGCAUGUAGCAUGGUACAAAAAAAAAUGUAACCAUUUAAAUCAACAUCUUUGUAGAGACGGUCAGUUUGUAUUAUUCCUGUGAGGCUUGAGAUGCUCUUUGGAACAUCUGAAAUCACAGAACAUUGCUCCAGUCCUGCUGUCACUAAUGAGAUAGUUAACCGAAAAUAAAAAUUCUCUUAUCAUUUACUCA